AUGCCCCUGGCCCCAGUAGGCAUGCAGCUGGCUGGAUACCUGCCUGAGCUCCAUAGGCCUGUAGCACUAGUGGAAGUUUGGGAGUGGUGCGGGGCUUGGGGUUUUGGCAUGGCUGUUUGGGCUGUGGGUGUGAGUGAGCAAAUGCCCAGGGCUGGCUUACAGCGGGCACGAACAGCACCAGUUUGGUGUUGCUGGGUAUCUGGGAGGUGGAAGAAGCCUGCAUUGGCAGGACAAGAAGUAAACAUCAGACCAUAUAAUAAUUAUAUACCAAUCAGUGAAUCAAGCAGAAAAUUAUGGAAUCAAAUAUACUUUCUGAGAGAGGCUCCAUUCAGAAGUCCUUAUACUCCUAAAACUCAUCCUGAAAAGGCAGAAUCUGAAAAGUCCAAUGAUGACAAAAAGGAACCACUCUGGAGAAAAUUUUCAAGAAAAAUACAAGGUCAUAUGAUAACUCGAAAAUCCAAAAAAACUGUAAAUCAUGAGAAACCUAAAAGAGCAAAUAAAGAAGAUGAAACUUCAUCAAAAUCAUCAAAUUAAAGUAAACUGUCUAAGAAGCCAAAUUCUAAAUCAGAAACAAACCCAUAAUCCAAAGAUUUUAAGCCAGUCUCAAUGAAUGAUCAAAAUAAAGAUAAAAGAGAUUCAAGAGAUUCUAAGGAGACAGGUUUUGAAUCCAUAUAUACAAAGAAGUAUUCUAAGAUCUCAAAGAACAAUUCUGAUGUCAAAUCAGAGACUUGCUUAAAAAAUAGUUCAAAUAUGGAUUUAAUGAUAUAUUUAGAGGAGUUUGGUGCUGAAUCAAUGGAAUUUGAUAUGUGGUUAAAUAAUUACUCACAGAAUAAUUCAAAGAAGCCUUCAAAGAAGGAUGCAAAGAAAAGCUCUGAUGCUGAAUCUGUAGAUUCAAAAGAUGUGAAGAAAAAUGCAAAGAAAAACAGCAAGAAGAAGGAUACAAAGAAGGGCAAAGAAUCUACUGCUGCAGAAUCUGUGGACUCAAAAGAUGCAAAGAAAGAUACAAAGAAGGCAAAGAACGAUUCAAAGAAAAAUAACAAGCAAAAGGAUGCCAAGAAGUACACAGAGUCUGUAGACUCAAAUAACAUGAAAAAUGAUGCCAAGAAGGACACAGUAUGUACUGAUGCUGAUUCUGAAUCUGGAUGGGACUCAAAAAAGGGUAAAUAGGAUGAAAAGAAGAAUAAGAGAAAUUCAAAGAAAAAUGACAAAAAGAAGUAUGCAAGGAAGUCUGAAGAGUCUACUGAAACUGAAUUUGAUUGGGAAUCAAAGAAGGGUAAGAAGGAUUCAAUGAAGGCUAAGAAAGGCCCAAAGAAAGAUGUCAAGAAGCAGGAUGCUAAGAAGGGCACAGAGUCUACUGAUGCUGAAUCUGAUUAAUUUUCCAAGAAAGGUACAAAGAAGUCUGAGAUGUUCAAAAGUGCAGAUGAUGAAUCUGAAGAGUCGCUAUAUAAACAUGGGGCUAAAAAGAGAGGAUUUUAUGAAUCAGAUGCUACAUCUACAGAUUCAAAGAAGGAAGUACCUGAAAUAAAGAGAGAAUUCAAAAUUUCAUACAAAAAGACUACAUUUAAAGAAAAAGGGCAACAACAGGUUGUUGUCUCUGAAGGUAGAGUUACUCCAUCAAGAGAAAGACCACCACUAGCUCCUUGUGAGCCUUUACUACUAUCACCUAAGGUUAAACAUCUCUGUUGGUGCAAGAUGCCUCUUCCACCUCCAAAACCAAGAUGUGCUCCUUUGAAUUGUAUUGAUUUAUACACAUUUGAUGGAACAGUCAUCUCUUUCAGAUUUUAUGGACUAGCUUCAGUGGUGAAAGUCCAUCACCUGUGGGAGAGUGUGACUACUAGUUGGACCCGUAGGAAACCAAUGCCAGGGCUGGGCUUCGCCGGGCACCAGGCAUCCCGUGAGCCUUCAAAAUGCGACACCUGUGAGCCUGGAUUGUCGCGCAAGCCGGCCUGGGGGCAGACUGACUCUCCCCAGUUUCAAUGGACCCCUCUGGCUAAAGUCUUGUGCACUGUGGUGCCCCUGCAGCCUGAGGCCGCCCUUCGAGAUGAGCACUGUGCAAGCGCAGGACCCUCGUCAGCGCAGUUCCCAGUGGCCAGAGAACAAGAGUCGGGCAGCUGA